CUGGGGUUUGGGCGGGUGUUAGCCGCGGCGCUGCGCCUUCACCCAACGUUGGACCUGUCACUCCCGUCCUCCAAAAACUCCAAAUUCGCAUUACCGACGCAAUCGCCUGCCACAUCUCUAUCACCUUAUCCGCGCGACGCCCAGGGUCGAAAUGUCGCCGCGGUAAACUAUUGACAGGUGGUUUUUGCGCCAAGCACACAUCUCGACAGAGUCAUUGACAAUAUGACUGCUGCCUCUGUGCAAGAUCACCCCCUCCCUCGCCCCUCACCCGCCACCCAUCUUCGACAGCCGAGCACCUCGAAGCCCUCACUAUCCAGCUCCCAACCUCGACACCACACAAGCAUCCCGCGAACGACGAACAGCACCGCGCUGCUUGGUGUUAAUGGAAGUCCUACCAACAUGCCGCCGAUGCAGGGUCCCAACGGAUCCACCGCAUUUGCCGAUGCGACAGCCGAACCAUUGCCACAUGCUGCUCCUCAGCCUCUAGCGCUUCAACGGUCAACGAGCCAUGAUGAUGGCACUUCCAGACGGCCAUCGAGUGCGCCUGGAAACAAGCAGAACCUCUCUGUCGGGUUUUACGCCGGCGAACAAUCGGAUUCCGACCGACCGAAACGCCCAUCUAUGAAGCCAUUGCUCAUGCGGUCGAAGAGCGAGUUUGUAGUCAACCGCUCCGAGGAAAUCGACCACUCUGAGGAGGAUAUUCCGCAUUGGGGCGCCAGGCAUGGCUUCGAUGAAUACCACGAGUCGCCGGAAAUCCUGGCUCAGAUAGCGAAUAACUGGUACAUGUACUGGACCGACAAACGACACGAGACAACUGGCAAACCAAAGGCAACGUUACACGAGCUUCAGGAUUGGCGCAUGCGUGACAGACUCAAAACUGUUUCUGCUGCCCUGGCCGUCUGCCUUAAUAUAUCAGUCGAACCUCCCGACCAGCUCAAGACGAACCCUGGUGCGAAGCUCGAAGCGUGGACCGACCCUACGACCCCGCCUCCUCAGAAAGCCCUGGAAAACAUUGGCAAGGCACUACAGGCGCAGUACGAGACACUUGCCAUCCGAACAAGAUACAAACAAUACUUGGAUCCGUCAGUGGAGGAAACCAAGAAGUUCUGCCAAUCCCUGCGCAGGAAUGCAAAGGAUGAACGAGUCCUGCUUCACUACAACGGCCAUGGAGUGCCAAAGCCUACUGCCAGUGGUGAGAUCUGGGUUUUCAACAAGAACUACACUCAGUACAUCCCAGUCUCUCUGUAUGAUCUUCAGCAGUGGCUACACGCCCCUACGAUCUACGUCUGGGAUUGUUCCGAGGCAGGCAACAUUCUCAACAAUUAUCACAGGUUCGUGGAGAAGCACGAACAGGAGGAGAACGAAGCGGCCGCAAGAGAUCCGAAUUAUGAAAAGACGGUGUUUCAGCCCUAUAUCCAUUUGGCUGCCUGUGGUGUCAAGGAGAAUCUCCCAACGAAUCCUCUCCUCCCAGCCGACUUGUUCACUUCUUGUCUCACCACUCCCAUUGAAAUGGCUCUGUGGUUCUUCGUCCUUCAGAACCCCCUCAAAACAAACCUUACUCCAGAGCGCGCCAAGAAGCUUCCGGGAAGAUUACAGGAGCGAAGAACACCCCUCGGUGAACUGAACUGGAUUUUCACAGCCAUCACGGAUACCAUCGCUUGGACAACACUACCCCGACACCUGUUCCGGAAGUUCUUCAGGCAGGACCUUAUGGUCGCCGCCUUGUUCCGCAACUUUCUUCUGGCGCAGAGAAUUAUGUCUGUGUACGGUUGCCACCCGCAGUCCUUUCCCGAACUCCCCGUGACCCGCCAGCAUCCGUUGUGGGCAAGCUGGGAUUUGGCUGUGGACAUGGCUCUAGCUCAACUUCCCAUGCUGGAGAGGAAGGAGAACGAAGGAAUCGAGUACGAGUACCAAAACUCGACUUUCUUCACGGAGCAAUUGACGGCGUUCGACGUCUACCUCACCCGUGGAGACGCCAUGUCUCAGAGACCACCAGAGCAGCUUCCAGUGGUACUUCAAGUCUUGCUGAGCCAACAGCACAGGGUCAGGGCAUUGAUUCUGCUUGGGAGAUUCCUCGACCUAGGUCCUUGGGCUGUUCAGCUUGCCCUGAGCAUAGGCAUCUUCCCCUAUGUCCUGAAGCUGUUACAGUCCGCUGCGGCAGAACUGAAACCCGUUAUGAUCUUCAUAUGGACUAGGAUUCUAGCAGUCGACAUCUCUUGCCAGCAGGAUCUUAUCAAAGACAGCGGCUAUAACUACUUCGCCCAGAUUCUCAAACCAUCUGAGAGCUUGCCUGUGGUCAACGAGCCCGAGCACAAAGCGAUGUGUGCCUUUAUUCUCUCUAUGCUCUGCAAGGAUUACAAGCCGGGUCAGCACGUCUGCAACCAAACUGAUAUCAUGACUUACUGCUUGUUGCACCUGCAGAACCAAGAAAACCCUCUGCUUCGACAGUGGUCAUGUCUCUGCAUCAGUCAGCUUUGGCAAGAACUGCCGGAGGCCAAGUGGCGUGGCAUCAGGGAGAACGCUCCCGCAAAGCUAUCAUUCCUGACCAAGGACCCAGUGCCUGAGGUCCGAGCAGCCAUGAUGUAUGCCAUGACCACGUUCUUGGGCAUUAUUGAUCUCACUGACGAGGUUGCUCGCAUUGAAGAGUCUAUUGCGUGGACACUGCUGGACAUGGCCAAUGAUGGCAGUCCAAUGGUGCGCCGGGAGUUCCUUGUCUUCCUCUCAAGAUUCAUACUCCGCUUUGAAAGCAAGUUCAUUGUUGCCGCAUACGAACAGCUUCAGGAAGAGAGAGAAUAUCUCUUGUUCCCACCAGGACAGGACGGCAUGGACCACAAGAUGGGGCUGCAUUACGCAAGGAAGGAAAAUCGAAACGCAGAUGGCACCAUUAAGCCCACGGUCCAUGGCUUUGCACACAACACUGUUUUUUCUGCUUGUUGGAAGCACGCUUUGAUGCUGAAUGUUGACCCUCACCCUGAGGUUCAGCGUGAUGCGACGAUGAUUGUGGACUACGUUCAUCAGGCCGUGAUGGCUUCGCCCGUGGGUGAGCACGCCCAGACUCUCAUUGACGACAUUCGAAAGAGGGCAAAGCGGGCUUCAACAAAGAACCACCUGAACCUAAAUCAGCGAAGCCAUGCCAUUGGUGUCUCCAACUCUUUGGCAACCCCACCACUGCCUUCUCCCGGUUUGUUACGUCGCACAGCAAGCUUGCUAUUCCAAUUGCCCCUUUUUGGCAACGAUGGCAAAGCUGAUGCUAAUGAGAAACCUAAUUACUCCUCUCCGGCGCCCUCGCCUAGUCUGCAUCGGGCUGGAUCUCAGAAGAUCAAGGCGCCGGAGCUUGCUGAAGUGCCGCCAGAGCAGAGCGAUCCCACAGCUAUCCAUGCGAACUACCACAUUGCCAGAGAGCCUGUCUCUGCUGGUUUUGAGGACCGGAAGCCAGGCGAAGCCCCCUCUCUCCCCCUCCAGAGCACUUUCCUAGAGUGGUCAAUCGAGUAUUUCUGCGAGCCUCAGAUGAAGCCGAGCGAGUCGGAUGAGCCAGGCAGCACCGAGUACAACGAGCGGCUCUGGAGACGGUCCCGAAAUGACCACAUUCUGGCAGAAACGCAGCCGCUCAAGCAGUACGCCGGCAGUCACAAGUGGAAUAAUCAGCUGGGCAUCACCAACAACGGCUCACAGCCUGCCAAGCUGACGUUCCAUCAAUUCGAAGAUCAUCUUGCUGUCGCGGACGAUGGUAACACGGUGUGUGUGUGGGACUGGAAGAAGCAUGCUCGAUUGAGCAAGUUCUCCAAUGGUAACCCGGAAGGGUCAAGAAUCAGCGAUAUGAAAUUCAUCAAUGAGGACGACCAGGCUUUUCUAAUGACCGGUUCGUCAGAUGGUGUCAUUCGCAUCUAUCAGAACUACGAUUCCGACAAGUCUAUCAGCCUGGCCUCUUCUUGGCGGGCUCUCACACACAUGGUCCCUAGUAACGUCAACUCCGGCAUGGUGUUCGAUUGGCAGCAGUCGUUAGGCCGAGUGCUAGUGGCUGGCGACGUACGAGUCAUUCGGGUGUGGUCUGCGGGUUCCGAAACCUGCAUUAUUGAUAUUCCCGCCCGGUCUGGCUCCUGUGUCACUUCCUUAACCUCUGAUCAGAUGACGGGCCACACAGUUGUGGCUGGAUUUGGCGACGGUGCCGUCCGCGUUUUUGAUACUCGUAUCAGACCUCAGGACUCCAUGAUCAAGAAGUGGAAGGAUGAAACAGACCGGCAGUGGAUAAAGAGCGUCCACCUGCAGCGUGGCGGACAACGAGAACUUCUUAGUGCAAGCAGAAACGGCAAAGUCAAGCUCUGGGACAUCCGGAUGGAUCGGCCACUUCACGUCUACCAAACGACCCGAGACACGCUCCGAACGGCCAGCACCCAUGAGCACUUGCCGGUGUUUGCAGUUGGCACAUCCGCGCAUGCUGUCAAGGUCUUCAACUUUGAAGGCCAAGAGCUGUCACGUGUCGAGCCGUACUCCAGCUUCCUGCAGCAAAACAGGGGCUCUCCUAUAGCAGCUACUGCGUUCCAUCCGCACAGGCCCAUUUUGGCCUGCGCUGCCAGAGGAGACUACUACAUCAACCUCUUCACUUGCGAGAAGUCCGACUCACAAUCCUUGGUCGCUUAGUUGAUAUCCGAGAGAAGGUAGACGGUACUUUUUCGCCUGUAGUCCGAUUAUAUUCUUGGGGGAUCAUGCUGCUGCUGUGUAACUACUCUUUUAACUUCUUCAUCUCGGGGCGGCAGCGUACCUUUUACUGGCGACGGACGGCGUUUGAAUUGGUUGCCUUAUGCACCAUGGCAAGCAAGGGAAGGAAUUGCAUGAGAUACUAAUUGGUAGCAGUUGGCUCGUUCUGAAGCCAAUUGAUGUAUGAAAAUGAAACUUGUAAUAAGGAAAUACCUAUGGCUAGCUAGUCACAUAUCAAGAUCAGGGUCAACAAGAAGUAUCCAG